AGAUGGAGUCUUAAGUUUGUUAAAAAUGCACUUUGGUGGAUUUUAGUAUGAUGAAAGUGAGACUGCUUUCCGUGCAUCAUAAACACCACUUAUUUAUAAUGGAUGCGUCAAAUCAAGUGUGCGUUAUGGAUGUAAUGGGCUGCAGGGAAGGACGAUCAGCUUCUAUGGAUUGGUUGAUUGAGAGCUUAGGAGGUGGUUUAAGUUCGUGGCCAGGGUUUAUAAAUCCCUCCCUGACCAUGACUCAAACCCAGAGGAUGGAUGGAUGGAUGGAUAGAUAGAUAAAUUAAUUGGUGUUUUUCGAGCAUUUGAUUAAAAUAACUUUUGCUUUCGUUUCAACAGAACGUCUCGGACAGAAUAUCAGACCUUGAUCGUGUUCACUCCACCUACCGUUGUUCUUGCUGUUUUGGGUUGUAACCAACAUUCUUGCGUGUCGCAACACCAGCUGUGCUUCCGACGUAUGCGCAUUACGCGUGUGCGCGCGGUGAGACUGGGAACGCGCUUCUGGAAAGCCAGAAACGAACCAGUCCAUGGGCUGGGUGGAUGAUUAAGAGCUACAUCGGCUUUUCGUUAGUCCUGUUCAUCAAAUCUGAUAUGUAACAUGUCCACGUGAUCUGGAGAUCCGGCACUAAAACCAAAGACCAACGUGGGUUUUUGCGCUUUUACUGUAUUUGGAUUAGUUACCAUGCGGAUUUCGGUGUUUCUCAUUACCGCAGUUAUUCAUGGAUUGUGUAAAGGUCAGGAGGUCUGUGAAAUCUUUCCAAGGAACCCAGUCGUCCUAUAUGGUUCAGAUGUAACGUUGUUCCUCAGAGCUCAGUCCAGUAGUGAGUGCCGCUCCAAGACGCCCUUCAGGCCCAGUAGGAUCUUCUGGACUCUUGAUGAGAGGAAAAUCGACGAUAGGUUUUAUAGCUUCAAUUCCACCUUCGCCUCAGUGUCCAUCCUCAAUGUCUCUGUAGAAAGAUGCAAAGUGAAGUGUUUUUUGAACGAUACACCACCUGUGUUAUUGCAUGACACCUUCAUCUUAACAUAUCCUGUUCUCAGCAGUCCCACAAAUGUCUCAUGCUUCGGAAAGAAGUUUGUCCAUCAACUCGGGCCCCAAUUAACCUGUAUGUGGGAUCACGAGCAAUACAUUACAGAUGUAAAUUACACAGUCCAUUUUAGGCAAGAUAAAGAUUAUUAUUUUUGUCCAUCAAAAGAAAAAAAUUGUACUUUCAAAGAUGUGAGUGUACUAUUUGAUAAACCUUUGAGUAUAGCUGUGAGUGCACAGAACUCCUACGGAUAUUUAGUUCACUCCAAUGAAGUGACCUACAGUUCUGUUUGGAAUAUUGUUAAAAUGGAUCCGCCGGAUGUUAACGUUGAGCCUUUGCCGACUGGUCUCAGACUGACAUGGAGGCUCGAACAGAGAUCUUGGAGCAAAACAGCGGAGUGUGAAAUACGGUUACGCGAAAAAGAUUUACAUACUGAGAUUAUAGUGAAACACAUUAAUAGUGAUCAAAUAGGCACCAAGGAACUGACCAGUGUAACGCCAUGUACCAACUAUACCGUGUCCAUGCGCAGCAAAGAUCUAGGCUGCUCAGUCUGGAGCUCAUGGAGCCGUGAUGUUCCGGUACUCAGCUAUCUCAAUGUAAGCAGCUUAAAGUUCCAUUUUUGGAGAUCCAAAAGUGUCUUGGGUGAUCGGGGGAAAAGAACAGUGCUGCUUAUGUGGAAGGGAGUCCCACCAUCCUGUAAAGCUAUCGAUGAAUAUUGUGUCUCCUGCGACUCUCUGAGCUUUCACAAGUGCUUUGGGCCCUAUGAAAAUAACAUGUUUAUUACUUUGGAUAAACAUCCGCACAGGAUAACUGUGGCUGCGUUUCACAAUAAAACGAGUCUCAAUAAAGCUUCCAUUGAGGUACCUGCCAUGGAACAAGAGCUGGAUUUACCUCCGGUUAAAAAUAUCAGCGUGUUUGUCCAGCAUGGAGGUAUCCAUAUCACCUGGGAGAAGCCUAGUCUUCCUGUCAAUGGAUAUUUAAUAGUCUGGAACAGUACGGCCCAUAACCACAUGUGGCAACAAACUCCUGAAAGCAAUUUCACUCUAAAAGGUGAGCCUUUGACCCUUUACACCAUAUCACUAUCACCGCUCUAUAAAGAUGGUCCGGGAAAUCAAAUUGUUCUUCAUAAUUGCAACCAAGAUCGAAACCUAUCAGAGGUGUCUGAUGUCCAAGUGAUCAGGGUUAGUGACAAGCAUGCAGAGAUUCACUGGGUUCCCAUUUUACCGAUCCAGUGCUGUGCGUUUGUACUGAACUACACAGUGUUCUAUAGAGUAUCCAACAAGCCAAAAACCAGAAAUGUUACUGUGGGACCAAAUCAGCACCAUGUCAUUUUGGAAGACCUGCAGGCCCAAACAGAGUACAGCGUUUAUGUCAUGGCCAGAACAGCGGCUGCUUCUUCCGAGAGCAGGAAAACCAUAUUCUCAACAAAGCCCAGUAAAUUUAUCCUUAUUGGGCUCAUUACCUGUAGUGUUGGUCUGGUCCUGUUUUCCCUGCUUGCUGUGACAGUACAACGGAAAUGCUUGAGUAAAAAGAUUCCAGACCCACGAUUCAGUUCUUUGUCUAUGUGGCCAUCAGAUAAUUGCCGAAAGCCAUGGAACCUAUUCUCAGUGGCUGACAGCAGGGACACUGAGAAAAUUUUGCCAUGUCAUGUGGACAGUGACGUCAUCUGUGUGUCCCGAACAAGCAAAAAAGACAUUGCUACAUUGAAAGCUUUGGCUAAUAUCAAGAAUAUUAUAACACAUGAAAUAAAAUCACAGCCAGAACCCACUCCACUAGCUGCCGGUUUAUCUAAGGGACAGACACCAAAUGUUGGGAAAGAGCAAAAAGUCUAUCCUGUACAAUCAGUGGAUCUCCAGCCUUCAGGAAUUUGUCCUCUUUCCCCUGUUCAAUCACUGUACAGGCAGCAAACCCCGCUAAGCAGCCCUAUCGAGUCACCUUCCAAAACUCUCUGGUCAGAUGAGACCGAGACACUGCUGACUCCAAAGCUCAAAAAUACAGCUUACUUCACCAGUUACGUAACCUUGGACAUGUUCGAACCUAUUAAGCAGCCAAGCAAGUGACUCCUUUGGCGCCAUGUCUCGUGCUAAUAAUAUUGAUUUGUACAUUAACUCUAUUAUUGUGUGUUGUUGCUACGACUAUGACAUGUAUCUCUAAAACAUCCAGUAACCAGAAAAAAAAGAUGCAUUUGAAUACAUUAAAAAGAAGAAUCCUAUUGCUACUAGGUAUUUUUUCAUUCACGUCCUUAUUUCAACAAAAUGCUUUGCUAAAACCCUUAAUGACGCCAGCGCACGUAAGUAGCUUCGAACAGUGAGUGCAGUUUGAGUUAAUUAGGUAAUUAGCUGGGUAAUGUCUGUGUAAUGCUACAGUAGCAGCCCAACAUUAAGAUUAAAAAAAAAAAAAAACCUUGACAUAGCUGAUGCUCUAAACUUUAAUAAACUGUUUAAUUAUUAGGUUAAUAUAUUCAAUUAUAAAGCAAGGCCAGCGAAGUUGUGAGGUGAACGAUGCUAAUUAUCUGCUCGCUAGUUGUGCAGUAACAUGCUUUUGAGCACACUAAAGCACAUGGAAAACUGUGUGGCACAGUAAAGCACCAUAAAGCAUGGGGAAGCACUGGGAAGAACUGUGUAGCACCCUGAAGCACUAGAAAGCAUAAGGAAGCGCCCUGAACAACUGUGUAGCACCAUGACGCACCGGAUUAAACCAUGUAGCAUAGUGAAGAACUGUGUAGCACCCUGAAUCAUUGAAAAGCAUAAGGAAGCACCAUAAAGGAUUGUGUAGCACAGGAAAAAACCGUGUACCACCCUGAAGCACAGGGAAGAACCGUGUACCCCCCUUGAAGCACAUGAAAGAACCGUGUAGCACCCUGAAGCACAGGGAAGAAUUGUGUACCACUCUGAAGCAAAGGGAAGAACCGGGUACCACCUUGAAGCACAUGGAAGGACCGGGUACCACCGUGAAGAACCGUGUACCAUUCUGAAGCACAGGGAUUAAACCGUGUAUCACCCUGAAGCACAUGGAAGGACCGGGUACCACCCUGAAGCACAGAGAAGAACCUGAGGUUGCUACCUGAGGUUGCUACCUAACAAGCAUUGGCUUUGAAGAUACAAAGCCAACAGUGUGCUUUUUACCUGUGUAAUUAUGAGCAGUACUUCGUGAUUUUAUUGAAUGUAAAUUUAUUACAGGAAGUGUAAAAUGAAUAUCUGAUUGGUAGCAGAUAAAAAUGCGACUGUAUCUAGAAUUGGGUUUGGAAAGAAUAUUAUGUUAACUGUAAAUGUUUGUGUAUAUUUUUUUUUUUUGUUUUGUGUCUGGGAUUUGUGUUGUAUAUAUUUUCAAUGUGAUACAUUUAUAUAUUAUAUAACACAUUUAAAAUAUAAAAUUAUUUUUUUUACUUAGUCCGAUUGGUUUCAACAUCAGAUGAACCACCUUAAGUAUAUUUAUAUAUCAGUAAUAAUAACUAGUGGUCAAUUUUGCACUUUCAUGUUAUUUCGUGUUAUUCAGGUUUUCAGGUGAAUGUUAUAAAGCGAUGUUCAGAUGCCGUAAUUAGCCCGUUGUAAUGUAACGAUCAUUUCCUCACUCAACUAUGGAAAACUGAUCGACAGACACAAUUUCCAAGAACAUGAAAUGACGUCCUGUUUGGGUUUUUUUUGUUCUUGAACAUAAAGACGGUGGUGUGCCUUGUGUUUCUCUUCAUCUGCACAAGCAACUUAUAUUUAGUUUCAAAUGGACUUUGGUUGUGUUUGUGUAGCCAUUUUUCUUUAAGCGAUUAUAAAAGAAAGAUAAAUUAAAAGAACAAGACGAU